CCGAGCACACGCCCGCGCUCCGGCUCCGGCUCCGGCCUUCGCGGUUCAUGACCCUGUCCUCCGGACGCAGCCUCCGCCAGCCUCAACUCGCUGCCCGCUCCCCGCCGUCGCGUGGGGUCCCCGAGUGAAGGAAGGCAGGGGCCUGCGUGCGCCCCUCCCGGUCCCACCCCGCCUACGACCCCGGCCCGGCCCGACCCAGCCCCGCUGGCACCAUGCUGCCCGCGCGCUGCGUCCCGAUGCUCACGCCCCACUUGCUGCUCCUGUUGGUGCAGCUGUCCCCGGCGGGUGGCCAUCGCACCACGGGUCCCAGGUUUCUAAUAAGUGACCGGGACCCUCAGUGCAACCUCCACUGCUCCAGGACCCAACCUAAGCCCAUCUGUGCCUCCGACGGCAGGUCUUACGAGUCGAUGUGUGAGUACCAGCGAGCCAAGUGCAGAGACCCGACCUUGGCUGUGGUUCAUCGAGGCAGAUGCAAAGAUGCUGGCCAGAGCAAAUGUCGCCUGGAGCGGGCUCAAGCCCUGGAGCAGGCCAAGAAGCCUCAGGAGGCUGUGUUUGUCCCAGAGUGUGGUGAGGAUGGCUCCUUCACGCAGGUGCAGUGCCAUACUUACACGGGGUACUGCUGGUGUGUCACCCCAGACGGGAAGCCCAUCAGUGGCUCUUCUGUGCAGAAUAAAACUCCUGUAUGUUCAGGUUCAGUCACCGACAAGCCCUUGAGCCAGGGUAACUCAGGUCGGAAAGUCUCUUUUCGCUUCUUUCUAACCCUCAAUUCAGAUGAUGGUUCCAAGCCGACACCCACGAUGGAGACCCAGCCUGUGUUUGAUGGAGAUGAAAUCACAGCUCCCACCCUGUGGAUUAAGCAUUUGGUAAUCAAGGAUUCCAAGCUGAACAGCACCAAUGUAAGAAAUUCAGAGAAAAUCCACUCGUGUGACCAGGAGAGGCAGAGCGCCCUGGAAGAAGCCAGGCAGAAUCCCCGGGAGGGCAUUGUCAUUCCUGAGUGUGCCCCGGGGGGGCUUUAUAAGCCAGUGCAGUGCCACCAAUCCACUGGCUACUGCUGGUGUGUACUGGUGGAUACUGGGCGCCCACUGCCUGGGACCUCCACACGCUAUGUGAUGCCCAGUUGUGAGAGUGAUGCCAGAGCAAAGAGCACGGAGGUAGAAGAUCCCUUCAAGGACAGGGAGCUACCAGGCUGUCCAGAAGGGAAGAAAAUGGAAUUUAUCACCAGCCUACUGGAUGCUCUCACCACUGACAUGGUUCAGGCCAUUAACUCAGCAGCGCCCACUGGAGGUGGGAGGUUCUCUGAGCCAGACCCCAGCCAUACUCUGGAGGAGCGAGUGGUGCACUGGUACUUCGGUCAGCUGGACAGCAACAGCAGCAAUGACAUUAACAAGCGUGAGAUGAAGCCCUUUAAGCGCUACGUGAAGAAGAAAGCCAAGCCCAAGAAAUGUGCCAGGCGUUUCACUGACUACUGUGACCUGAACAAGGACAAGGUCAUCUCACUGCCCGAGCUGAAGGGCUGCCUGGGGGUCAGCAAAGAAGGUGGCAGCCUUGGCAGCUUCCCCCAGGAAAAACGAGCAGGCAUGAACCCAUUCAUAGGACGCCUUGUUUAAGGAGCAGAAAAUCAAAGGGCAGGUGGAGAGUCCACGGAGACAAGAGGACCAUCAGAUACCUAGCCUUCAGCACUGCCCAUGGCCCGGCCACAUCCCGUGUCACAGAAGUGAUGCCCACUGUGUUUGCACUUUUAUUUACUCGUCUCUGUGUGUUUUGUUUCUGGUUUCCUUUGUAAACACCAAUAUGUAAUACCACAGUGGGGAAAGGAAAGGGAAGAAAGACUUGUUUACUCUCUCUCUCUCUUAUUGUACGUUUUUGGAUCUGCUACUGAGAACUUUUAGUUUUUUGGGGGGAGGGGAGGGUAUGGUUGGGAUGGAGAAGAAAGAGAUUUAUAUACUGUAUAUAAAUAUAUAUGUAAAUUGUAUAGUUCUUUUGUACAGGCGUUGACAUUGCUGUUUGUCUGUUUCUUUCCUUCUCCCUGCUGUGGGUUGUAGCUGUUCAGGACUCAUAAUCCAGCCUUUAGAACCUAGGACUUUAUCCUCAGCCAAUCAGGAUUGCAUCAGAUAUGGCCCCUGGGCAUGGAGAGAUGGAUACCCGGUCUUCUCUGUUGGGAGAGUGUACAGCCCUGCAUGGCUAGCUGUCAAAGCUGGCAAGUCACUUGACUCUCAAGGGGAGGUUGGACUGGGGAGAGGAAGCAGCCCGGGUCAUGUGACAACCAACAGGCCAUGUGUUUCUGCAUACCAGAUCCCACCAAGAGACUGAGGCCUGCGGCUGGGCGAGGCCUUGCCUUAGGUCAGUGUAAACAUUUCACUUAGGCUUCGGAGCAACUGUGUGCAGGACAGGAAGGUGAGACGCAGGACAGGACGUGGGAAGAAAGAGGUGCACAGUUGGGGCUUUUGUUUAGUAGAUGUUUGGUAGGUAGCAGCACAGGAAAAGAGCCAGAAAGCCUGCACAGGUGAAGAGAGCAGCAGUGUACGGAAAACCUCACAGGAGACUCCCAGGCCUCCUGUAGGGGCCACACCGGGUUUGCACGUCAGCUUGCUCUCAGCGCACGGGCCUCAGCACAGGCCUGAGGGAAGAGUUGAGUCAGUCACCUCGCUGAUAACUCAAAAGUUUUAUUUUCUUUCUUUUCAUGCUGGCAAUGGGACUUGAACUCAGGGCUUGGGAUCUGCCCUUUAGUUUUUUGUUCACUCAAGG